AUGGCGGGCGCACUACAAGCCGUCUUCGAACAACUCGGCCCUUUCAACAUCCUCUCACCACGUGGAAUCGCACUCAUCCUGGGCACCGCUCUCCUUUUCCAUAUCGUCAGAAGCCUCGCCCUCAUAAUCUACAACCUGUAUUUCCAUCCCUUAGCCAAGUAUCCCGGCCCAAAGCUAUGGAUCGCCUUUGGCUUUACCCGCACCUUGCGCCACAUGCGCGGCGACCUCGACUUGCAGAUGGCGGAGGAACACCGCAAGCACGGCGAAGUCGUACGCCACGGUGUGAACGAGCUGUCUUUUAUCCAUCCCAGUGCGUGGAAAGACAUUUACGGACACGGCCACGCUGAGCUGCGCAAGUAUUUCCCACCAAACUCGGUCAAUUCGAAUCAGAUCAUCGCGGCGGACUCCAGCAACCACUUCCGUAUGCGCAGGGCCAUGUUGCCUGCGUUUUCGGAAAAGGCGUUGGCACAGCAGGAGAGGUUGAUCAGGGUUUACAUCGACUUGCUCAUGCAGCGUCUCUCGGAAUGCGCGGCUUCUGCUGGUGGCAAGACGGCCGACAUGGCGCGUUGGUACAAUCUCACAACGUUCGAUCUCAUUGCCGAUCUCUGUUUCGGCAAGUCGCUAGAUGGUCUGGAGACGGGCCGGUCAAAUGCGUGGAUUGAGAAGAUUGAUCGCAUGUUACGGAUCAUGCCUGUUUUGGUCCUGGCGACCUCGUUUCCCUUGUUGAUGAGUCUGUUUAAUCUGGUGCUUGGGAAUAAGAUGCAGCAGUCGAGGAAGGAGCAUCAGGAGUAUGCUGCGUCGCUUGCCAUGAGCCGUAUCAAGGGGAAAGAACAGACCGAUCGAGGGGACUUUAUGGACUUCAUAUUGCGCUCCCGCGGCGAGGAACACGAGUUGACGGAUGAGGAGCUGGUGCAUAAUGCGGAUUUACUCAUGGUCGCUGGCUCAGAAACGACGGCUACAGUGCUUCUGGGAGUCACGUACUACCUCUUGAAAAACCCGACGACGUACAAGAAGGUGACGGAGGAGGUCCGCAGUGCCUUUGAUACGGCUGAAGACAUCAACUUCAAAGAGGUCAACGCGCGCUGUCCGUAUAUGUUGGCUUGUCUGAAUGAAGCGAUGCGCAUUUUUCCAUCGAUUCCUUUGGCAUUAUUGCGUAUCACAAACGAUGGUCCGCCAACCCCUGUUGCUGGACACUUGAUCCCUCCCGAGACACGUGUCGGCGUUCAUCAGCUUGCUGCAUACCACUCCCCCCUCAACUUCCACGAUCCACUAUCCUUCCAUCCGGAACGCUGGCUACCAGAGGAAUACAAUGAUCCCUCCUCGCCAUUCCAUGACGACCGCCGCGAUGUGCAUAAGCCAUUUUCGUACGGUAGACGGGAUUGUAUUGGGAGGAAUUUAGCGUUCUUGGAGAUGAGGCUAAUCAUUGCGUUGCUCGUGUGGAAUUUUGAUCUGGAGUUGGGAGAGGGCAUGGACGGGUGGGAGAAGCAAAAGAUUUUUGGACUGUGGGAGAAACCGCCACUAGAGGUGAAUAUUCGGAAGAGGGAGCUGAAGUAA